AUGAAAUCGGAUUCUACAGAAUCUUCGGCGAAGAAGAAGGCUACCGGUGGCACCGGCGCCUUCGGCUUACUCGGCCUCAAUAAGACGCUGUGCUACGCUCUAGAGCACAGGCUCAGGUACAAGCAGCCGUCCGCCAUCCAACGUAAAACCAUCCCUGCGGUGCUUCAGGGGCGCGACAUCGUAUGUAUUGCCCGGACUGGUUCAGGGAAGACGGUGGCGUAUCUGGCACCGAUAGUACAGAUGCUGGAGUCGCAUUCCAGAACAGUGGGACUCCGGUGUUUGGUGCUGUUGCCGACCCGAGAACUUGCGCUGCAGGUUGCGUCGGUGCUUAAGAAGUUCAUCAACUUCUCAAAGCAAGCCGAUGCAUUGCGCAGCGCCACGCUGAUUGGUGGAGAGGCCCUGGAGAGCCAAUUCGGCGCACUGACCUUCAACCCCGAUAUCGCAGUUGCAACCCCGGGACGACUAUCGCAGCAUAUUGUUGAGAAGAGUAUCGAGCUCAAGAUCUUAUCGCAUUUCAUCAUCGACGAAGCGGACAAACUAUUCGAGAUGGGUUUCCUGCCCGACGUCUAUCGCAUAUUCUCGAUGCUGCCGGAGAAAAGGCAAACAUUGCUGGCAAGCGCGACUCUGCCGUCCGAAAUCACAGACUUCGUGAAAUUCGGGCUGAGGAACCCGGUGGUGGCCCAGGUCGACAAGGAUAUGCAGAUUAAUGAGCAGCUGGAGUUAAGGUUCAUCUACACGCGCACGGAGGAUAAGAUAGCCGCGCUUGUCAAGCUGCUACGCUGUAGUGCUGACAAUGAGCGUACUAUCGUAUUUGUGGCCACCAAGCACCACGUGGAAUUCUUUCGCGCGCUGCUGGCCGCCAUGGGCGUCACCGUCUCCGCCGUGUACGGUGCGAUGGACAUGACUGCACGGUCGCAGCAGAUGUCGCUGUUCAGAUCAUGCAAAACUAAGGUGCUGAUAGUUACGGAUUUGGCGGCGCGUGGGUUAGACUUACCCAUGGUGGAUUGCGUGAUCAACUUCGACUUCCCGCAUUCCUCCAAGCUGUUCAUCCACAGAGUGGGACGUACGGCUAGGGCUGGCCGCCAGGGAACGGCGCUGUCGUUGGUUACGCCGUACGACUUCGCCUUUUGCUUUGAAAUACUCACGGUUAUAGGUAGGAAGCUCGUUGUUUCCAAGGAACCGGUUAUCGGAAACGACACCUGCAUCAUCGGCACGGUGGGGGACAUAAGUGUGACGAUGGAAAAGGUUGCCUCCAUCAUUCAAAACGACGCUGAUGUCGAGAGUUUGAAGAAAUCGAUGGACGCUUCGUACAACCUGUACUAUAAAACACGGCCGAAGCCGUCCAAGAGUGCAGUAGACCUGUCACAGGGGCAUUUGGAGGCACUCGGCGGUCUGAAUGUGGUUGCUAACACUGUGCACCCGUCAUACGUAGACGUGAAAGGUCAAGGUUCUUCGGUAGGGGCAGAGUCACAACCCAAUGAUGAACCCGUGGAGAACGAUGCAGAACAGACUCUACCCGAUUCAAAGAAAUCUGAGGAUGCUACCUCCAAAAACGACAUUCUGGAAUUCCUGCAUGGUUUCAGGCCGUCUUCGGCGAAGACUACCAUUGUGACCACGCUUCCUGCCAGUUCUAUCGCAACUAUGGAGCGCGCAAAGCACUACUCGAGGCAGUUCAAAAAACUGGACUCAAGCACACCCCUACCCGCAGACACAUCGUACGAUAUCGAGGGCACGGUAAUGCCGCGUUCACAUGACGCCGGUCCGAAACAGGACUUCCUAGUCCCGUCAACUGCCAGCACCGCUGCACAGGACGAACUCCGGCUCCCCAACAUAACCCUCAAUAUCACCCCCGAUUCUGAGGAGCUAAUGCAGAAAUCGAGGUUCCAGCGGAAGCAGCACUGGGAUCCGAAGAAGAAGAAGUUCGUGCAGGUCACCGUCGACUCGAUCACCAAACGCGUCAUCAAGGAUGAGAGCGGGAAGAAGGCCCGCGGCACAGUUGAAAACAAAGACCUGUUGAAGAAGUGGAUGAAAACCACACGGAAGCGCAUCCAGAAGGUGGGCGAGCAGGAAGAGGCGCCACAACACAAAAAAGCCAAGGUUGUGAAGUUCGACGAUGAGGAGUCAGGCGGGGAAAACGACGAUGACGGCAAGCCUAACUACGACGAGCUCAUACGCAUGUUCCCCAAACACGCAGGUACUCUGGAAUCCGCCAAGCUCAAAAGACCCUUGACGCACAAGCAGAAGCGUACACUCAAGAGGCUGACCACCAAACCUGACUUCGAAAAGAUGCGACCUGAGACCAAGGGUAAAAAGUCGGGCAAGGCGAAGAAGCGCAAUAGGCUAAGUCCGCAGGAGUUUAAGAAGAAGGUUGAACGCAAGAUCGCAUCAAAGGGUGCGCCUCGGCGCAGCAAGCUGAUAGUUCGCAAAAAGCGACGGUAA